CCGGAGAUUAUUGUAGGAAAUGGUUGGAUGCGCACAGUGUUUUUCGGUCGAUGCGUGUUUAUUUUUUCUUGAAUGCCUGGUCUGAGCUAUCUGCUAAUUAAUCGGUUUUCGUAGUGUGUAGAAAAAUCGACAGAAUUAAAGUGACGUGCGCUCAGUGAUAUUAAAAAAAUCGAAUACAAAAUAAAUGCGGAAAUUGGAAAAGUGCGUGCGAGUUUAGAAAAAAUAUUUGUUUUUGUAGUGUAAUACAAAAAAGUUGAAAUAUCUUUGCGUGAUUUUAAUGAAUGUCUAGUGAAAAGAAUAAGCGAAAGGAAGCUUGAGCAAAAAUAUAUUUGAAAGAGUAAGCUAAAGAGAGAAUCGUAAUCUUAAAAGCUGCUCGAAAAAAGAUAUGAAAACGUAAUGCGUUAAGUGGUAUAACCAAAUAAGAGUGCAGAAUAGCAAUGAAGAAGCUGAGUGGAGUAGUGAUAAAAAAUACGAAAAAUAAACAAAACGUGGAUGUUUGUAUGUUUUAUUCGCGGUGCUUGAAUGUGCUUUCAUUGUAGUGGUGGAAUAUAUAUAGUGUAGAAAAAAAAACAAAUAAAUAAAAAAAGUUGGAAUUUUGGAAAACAAUUUAAAAUAAUAACAACUAUUAAUUGUUGUGGCAAACAAAGCGUGCGAAGUUUGUGUGUAACAGUGUGCGCAUAAAGUUGCAAAUGUCAACAACUAAGCAAAUAAACAAAACAAAGAGAAUAUAAACAAUCAUAACGGCUUUUGCUCACCCGCCACCCCCUUGUUAGCAGUGUUGAGAAAAUUAAUAUAUUUAGUGGCACACCCUCAGCGACGCUGCAUUUGCAAAUCCAUAUUUAAUGUAAGGAACUUAAAAAAUUCUUCUUUUACCAACUCGACAUACUAGCAAUCGUAUGUGUGUGUGCACAUGUAUGCAGACGCGCCCCUAUAUUGACCUGUGAUUUCCGUCUACGUCUGGGAAACAUAAACAUAUGUGAAUAGAUAACAAAAAGAAAAGCAGUGUGGACUUGAGAAAAAGGGGUUGGCACCUACAAAUACGUCCGCCCAAGCAAGCUCCACAGGCUGAAUUCGUUCGUUCGUGCGAAGUGUGAUGUCACCACAUCUGCUUGCAUUGACUACUAAUCCACUGCAGACGCUACUGCUACCAACAACACUAACAACAAGCACGUUUUACAUAGGCCUUGCAUCAUCAUUGCCGACUGCAUUCCCAACACUUUGUUUGGUUGUCUCGACUCUUUAGCUUGCUGUUCUUGUGAAGUAUCUGCUGCUCGCCAACCGCGUGUUACGCAUUAGCCCCAAAUCCCUAAGGCCCCGUUAACGCAUCCCCCCAACUAAUCCGAACACAUAUGCAUACGUAAACAUUGCCAUACACAGAACGAGCAACUUGCAUACACACUCGGGUACUUGUCGUCUUGUGGCAUAUUAAUUGCAUUGCCAUCUGCCUCCCGCCGCCUCUCAACUUGUCAACGGACCUCUUUCGCACAGCUGUGCUGUUAAGUAUUUCUACUGCUGAGAAAUGUCACGACGGUUUUUAUCGCGCCACCACCUAACAGCGCUCGGCAAGCUCCUACUGCUGGUCACCAUAUGUUGGCAGGCAGCAUGUGCCAACGCGAGCGAAAAUGCACAAACCAAAGCACAUUCAUCAUAUCCACAGACUGGUGAUUUUUUUCCUGCCCUUAAUGAGUUCACAAGCCAUUCCGUGAUACGCCCUGAAAUUCUGCAUGGGCGACACAAACGCGCCUUGCGAAGCACAUUGGAUGCGGAGGAAGGUCAACAUGUUCCGCACAUAACACUCACGUACCAGCAUGAAGGUCAACGCGUACACAUUGACCUGCAUCGCAACGAUGAGUUACUGCCAGCCGAGCAUUUCCUCCGCUAUCAGCAUUCGAGUUCGCCAACGGGGCGUGUGGUAAAAAAUUUCACAAAGACUGAAUUGGAAUUAUGUCAUUACCAGGGCACUAUACGCGGCAAACCGCUUUCCAAUGUUGCCAUAUCCACUUGUAAUGGCGGUGGUGUCAAUGGUCUGGUUUACGAUGGUACCGACACAUAUUUCAUACACUCCGGUAGUGAUGGGCGGUUGCAGGAUGAUCAUUUUUUAUUUCGACAUGCUGAUUUGUUGAAUAAAAAUGCAACCUGUGGCUACGACAGUGCCACCGACAACCACGCACACACUCCUUUCGGGAAGGUUGAGAAUUUGCGGCGAAAGAGUGGCGACUCGCCAGAAGCACCAAUGCACUUAGACGGUUCGGAAAUCAAUCGCAUUUUAAGGUAUAAAAGAUCCUAUGAGAAUAAUGAUGUGAUACGCGGUCCUUACAAUGCCAACAAACACUCGUCCUAUGUAGAACUUGUUAUUGUGGUUGACAAUAAAUUGUAUAAAUCGUUUGGGGAGAGCUCGAAGAAAGUACAUCAGCAUUGCAAGGACUUAGCCAAUAUAAUCAAUGCGUUAUACGUACCAUUGAAUAUCUUUGUCGCUCUGGUGGGUGUGGUCAUCUGGAACGAGUACAAUGAGAUUGAGUUUUCUACUGAUGGAGAUCUAACGCUCCGCAACUUCCUCAACUAUCGGCGAACCAAACUGGUGCUGGACCAUCCUAAUGAUAAUGCGCAGUUGCUGACCAAAGAGCAAUUUAGCGGCGGCGUUGUUGGCAAAGCGUUGAAGGGUCCCAUUUGCACGCACGAGUACUCGGGUGGCGUUUCGAAUGAGCACAGUCAAAUUGUAGCUGUUGUGGCCACCACAAUGGCGCACGAAAUGGGCCACAACUUUGGCAUGGAGCACGAUUCGUCCGACUGUAAGUGCCAGGAUGAGAAAUGCAUAAUGUCAGCUUCGUCCACAUCUGUGGUGCCGGUGCAUUGGAGCAGUUGUAGCAUUGACCAGCUGAACAUAGCUUUUUCGCGUGGCAUGAACUAUUGCCUACGCAACAAACCCACCAAGUUGUUCGAGUCACCGCAAUGCGGCAACGGUUUCGUGGAGCCCGGCGAGCAAUGUGACUGUGGGCUGCCCAACUACUGUGAGAAUACCUGCUGCGACCCGUACACUUGCAUGCUGCACACAAACGCGUCUUGUGCCACUGGUGAAUGCUGUGAUUUGAGUACAUGUCGUCCCAAAGCGGCCGGACAGGCAUGCCGUGUGGCCGAAAACGAAUGUGAUUUGCCCGAAUACUGCACCGGCGAGUCGGAAUACUGUCCGGCAGAUGUGUUCAAACGUGACACCGAAGAGUGCGACAGCGGACAAGCUUAUUGCUUCCAAGGAAAUUGUCGUUCGCACUCGCAACAGUGUCGCAUACUGUGGGGACCGACCGGUGAGAGCUCAGAGCAUUGCUACAGCAAAAAUGUUGAAGGCAAGCGUGGCGGCAAUUGCGGCUUCGAUCGCAUCAACAACACAUUUAUUCGGUGCGAGGACGAGCACGUACGUUGCGGCAUGUUGCAUUGCCGGCAUUUGAAUGAACGGCUAGAAUUCGGCAUGGAAUCGGCUGCAGUGCUGUCGCAUUCAUUCAUCAAUCAUGAGGGCAAUAUAGUGCCGUGUCGCACAGCGCUGGUCGAUUUGGGGCUACAAAGCACAGAUCCCGGACUUACGCCUAAUGGCGCCAAGUGUGGCGAAGACAAAAUGUGUGUCAACCAAAAGUGCCUAACGAUAGAACGUGUACGUGCCACAGGGCUCGGCAGGCAGUGUCCAGAUAAUUGUAAUGGCAAUGGUGUAUGCAACAGUCUCGGCAAUUGCCACUGCCAUGUAGGCUACUCGGGCACAACAUGUCGCCUGCCAGGACCUGGCGGUUCAAUCAACAGUGGACCAGCAUCGUCACCGACCAGUCAUCAAGCUUUCCAGAACUUCAUGUACAUCUUUUUCUUCGCCGUUAUACCGUUUAUGGUGUUCAUUAUCUGGCUCUCUUACUAUAUACGCAAUCGGCGCUUCUUCAUUGGCGGCAAGCUGGCUGAAAAUAUCAUCAAAGCGGCCAGCGCCAAGCAAGCACCCGCUCGUCCUGAUCACGGUCCUCAUGGCGGUGGUGUCGGCGGCAGCGCCGGACACAGCCUGCCCAAGUCUACGCCCAGCAGUACGGACGAUAUGAAUUCUGCGCUGCUGAAGUCCCCCAGCGACUCGAAUGACACUUCCGUUGGCAAUGGCAUGUUUGGCAAAUUCAAAGGCUUUACCCUGCGUCCUCUCAAUGAUACCACUUCACCGACCAACAACUUCAAUGCACCAAAUGUGGCUUAUGUACAGCCCACGGUACAGGACACAGCCGCAAUGAAUGGCGGUGUACCACAACGCUCUGCGCCACCACCACCAUUGGUUAAAGGUAAAUCGGUGGAUGCGGUACAACCCACACGUUGGGCGCCACCGCCACCAGUGGGCGUUGCAACUGCACCAGCAUUACCACCACCGAAUCCCGGCUCGAAUGCGCGCCCGAUCAUAUCGAUGCCGGUAUUGGAGACCUCUACAAUGACGCUGCCACUAAAAAAGUCGAGCGGUGAGGUGUCGCCAACGCCCUCCGCACCCUUACCAUCCAGUCAAUCAGGAUCGUUACCGCGUCCAGCGCCACCACCGCCGGUGCCUUUACAUGCAGACCCCAAGUUGAAUGUGAAACGCGAUGGUACCAUAAGGCGUAUUGCAUCUUUUCUAAAGAAGGAGGAGAAGGCACCGUUGAAGGAGAAGACUUACAUCGAUCGCGAGAAAUUGAAGAAUAUCGAGAUAUCAGCACCAAUGCCAGUGGCACCGCAAGGCGAGUCUUCCAAUUCGGACUCAGAGACUACGCCUAAGGAGGAGGAAACAAAAAAUUUAGUAAAGCGUGCACAGUCAAUGCGUUCUCCAACGAAGAAAACCAACGUGCAGACAUUCGGUUCUAUGCGUUACGCACCGGGUAGUGCACGACCAAAGAGUGUAGCGGCUGCCGCGGCGGCUUCGCGUCCAAAAAGUCCACCGCCACGCCCACCACCGCUGAAGAAAACUAAUUCGACAACUUCUUCCGGCUACGCACUGCCUGUUGCCACUGCCAAGUCUAACGUGGAGAACACAUAUGAUGAUUGUGAGUUUGUCGAACAGCCGCUGACCACUGUAGGCGAGUCGAGUGAAGCGGACUCACCCACUUCUACCGAUAAUAUAUACUCCGUCAUUGACGAAAUACCGCCCGCUGCCCAAACUGUUAAGCGAAGCGAUUUCAUCAAUGAAAGCACUGACAUGGGUCUGCUUGGCGAGAUUGUGAACGAAAUUGAGAAGCGCAAUGGCGACUCAAUCUACAGCGCGUCAACGCUGGUAAAGAACAAGCCACAAUCAGCGGAAGAAGUAAAAAAUACAGCCGCUGAUGUGAAAACGAAACCAAAUGCCACAAACAGCAUUAGCACAAAUCAUGACGCCAAUGUAUCAGCGGAAGCUGCGAAACCGUCGGCAAGCGCAAAUACAGUUACAGCGCAGACUGUGCCUACAUAUUUGCGCCCGGCGCCAGUGAACGCGCCAGUUGCGCGAGUAGCGCCCACGCGUGCUGAUCUCACGUCCUCCACAGCAUUCUCUAGCUUUAAGCCCACUAGCUUAAGCGCAGCGCCCACAGCAGUUGGUGCCGCAGCUGCUGCCAACAAGAACAGCACAACUGCCGCCAAUCGCCUCAGCGGCGCCAACAGCACCAGCGGAAAUGCUGCGACGACAAGAAACAGAUCCUUCGCCAAAACACCUGUCGCCGCAAAUUCAACCACAACAACAACACGGACAACAAACAGCAGUAAUAGCACAGCACUGCCGUCCGCCACAAUCACAAAACCAAAACCGCUCUCCGCGAAACCCUCAUUCAAUAGUCAAAAGAAAGUAACACCCGCGCCCAGUGUGGGCGCUACAGGGGCACGCUUAGCAGCCACCGGUACGCCGCGAACGGCGCCCACUGUAAAGUCAGGAAACAUUGCCUCCCUCACGCAACGCUUCGAAAAGGGUGCGACAACCAAUGCGAGAAAGUAAAAUGGAUGGUGCGCUCUUAUUUUCCUAUGGCAGCUUUUUUGAUGCAUUUUCGCUGAUUUCUUUCAAAUGGCCCACAACACACAAACCAAACUGAUAUUUAUUCUGUGCGUGUAUAUUUGCUAAUGCUAGGAAAUAGUUUCUAGGAGCUCGACCGAAGUGUUUUAGGGUUGUUUGCGCCAUACUACCAUAUGAUUAAUGCGAUAAUUGUACAUUACACAUUAUGAUAUUGUAAUUAAGUUUAAACGAAGUAUGCAAAAUUUAUAAAAAUUAAGACGAGAGAUAAACUAAAUCAAUUCAAAAGUGAUAUUCAUUCCUUGGCAUAUUGUAGCGUCGAACGAAUUCGUUGUAGUUGUAUUGUAUGUAUGUAUAUUGUACGAAUAUAGUGCACCUAACUAUGCUAAAACUAUAUUUUUUAAAUUAGUUUAUAUAGAACGACAUAUGUUUUUGACCCCAAAUAUGUAUGUUAGCUUUAUGAUAAUAAAUUGAACCGUUAGAUUAAGUUUUGUAAAUUAUAUUGUUAAUUGAAAUAAAUAUUGGCAUGCAAGCAGUGAGAAUUUUUAUUUUCAAGAAUCUCAAAUUAAUUAUAUUAAGUGUAAAAAUUGUAUCAAAGCUUUCGCGAGAAGAAAUCUAUUAUUGAAAUUUUAUUUUUAAGUAAAAUAUAUUUUUUUUUAACCGUAUCGCUUCCACUUCAUGUAAUUUAAGUCAAGUAUAAAUAAUAUUGAAAACACUGCCUGUUUAUGAAGAAAAAAAUGAAUUUUCCAACUCUGACACAAAAAAUAUCUCAUAAAAUUGGGCGCCAAAUUAGCACAUUAAAGGUCCGGUAGUCUACAAAGUUUCUUAUAUGUAAACAAUAACCUUUGAUUUUACUACUUUUUUUACUUUCGUAACUUGCUUUUACUUUGUUUUAAGUGUGCGGUUGAAGAGCGUAUUCACUUAUUUCACGUGUAGUAAAAAAUAUUAGAAUCUUCCGUUAGUUUCUGUGAGUUUUCUUUUCACUGAACAUUACUGCCUUAAAUUAAGAUUGCCACAGCAGUGAACCCUGGCAGCUUUUUAGCUAGCUAGCUAGCUCUCAAGAUCGACUAUAACAGCUGAUGCUGUAACGUGCUCAAAAAGCAAACGAAUCUAAUCUUUAAUUUUUUGUUUGUUAAUUUUCAUAACGAACUGUUUUUAAUAUAUUAAACUAAAAACGAAGCCAAAGAAAUCAUAAAGUGCACUGAGAUUUCUUUCGCUGUUAUAAAUAAGCGAGUUUAUUAAGUGAAAACAGUAAAAGAAUUAAUUAUGUAAAGUAAUAUUAGUAAAUAGCAACAUUUUGUUGAAACUAGAUAAAUAUUUUCGCAUUCAAACUAAUUGUCAAUUGCCUGUACAACCCAAAACGAACAUAAAAAAAUUUCGUUCGUUUAUUCCGAAAAAUAUAUAUCCCACUAAACUCCUUAUAUGGUAUUUGAAAUACGCAUAGCUUACUAAAUUAAUGCAAUUGUCUGAAUUUGUAAGCACUUUUGCAAUUAAACUGCAAUUAGUUUACAAACAUGCAGAAAUAUGCAAAACCUAGGCACACACACAUACGUACCCAUAUACAUACUCGACUAUAUCAAAACUAAAUUAAGACACUUAAUCUUAAUGUAUGCAUUUUGCUAGUAACUACAUGUCAAUCUGAGUGUGUUGCGCGCAUUCCAAAAUUAUUGCUUUGCGUGCAAAUUGAAAUUGCAAAAUUAAUUAUACAAACAAGCAUAAAUAUUUAAAUUAUUACCUACUAUUAGUCUUGAAGUUAUUGAAUUGUGUUAUUUAAAGUAAAAAACGCAAAUAUAGCUAUACAAAAUGUAAUACAAAUUAUGAAUACUUAUGACAAGUGAAACUGUAUAUUAAUUAUAACUACAUAGAUACAACAAAAGUGAUGACACAAAUAAACUACUUUUUCAUAAAACUUAAUGUAACGAAA